CGAGGGGCUGAGCCAAGCCGCCGCCGCCUCCCCUCCCUCCGCCGGCCGGCCGGGCCGCCGCCUUCUCCCGGGACCCGGGGGGGCCGGAGUGGCGCUGAACGGCAGGGUCCUGAAAUCCUGGAGGGUCUAGAAUCUAUUAUGAAUUGAGGAGCAAUUUUAGUGUCCAAGAAUGACAGCAGCUACAUGACCAAGUGGAUGCAUUGUACAAGAGGGCGUUAGUUACAUCUGCCAACUUUAUUGAACUCUUCCUUAAGUUCAGCCGUUAUUUUAUUUUAGAAGCGGAAAGACAAAGUAAGUUUUGAUGUUUUGUGUGGCAUCAACUGAAAUAGGAGCCAUCAUGAAUAUAACAAAGGGUGGGCUGGUGCUGUUUUCAGCUAAUUCCAAUUCAUCAUGCAUGGAACUAUCGAGGAGAAUUGCUGAACGCUUGGGGGUAGAGAUGGGCAAAGUUCAGGUUUAUCAGGAGCCAAACAGAGAAACAAGGGUGCAGAUUCAAGAGUCUGUGAGAGGAAAAGAUGUCUUUAUCAUCCAAACAGUUUCAAAGGAUGUGAAUACUACGAUCAUGGAACUCCUGAUCAUGGUGUAUGCUUGUAAAACCUCCUGUGCCAAAAGCAUUAUUGGAGUGAUUCCCUACUUCCCAUACAGCAAGCAGUGCAAGAUGAGGAAAAGGGGCUCCAUUGUCUCUAAAUUACUGGCUUCGAUGAUGUGCAAAGCUGGUCUAACUCACCUUAUUACAAUGGAUUUACAUCAGAAGGAAAUACAGGGAUUCUUUAAUAUUCCGGUUGAUAAUUUGAGAGCCUCUCCAUUCUUGCUUCAGUACAUUCAAGAAGAGAUCCCAGAUUACAGGAAUGCUGUGAUCGUGGCCAAAUCACCUGCAUCUGCAAAGAGGGCACAGUCAUUUGCUGAGCGCCUGAGGCUGGGAAUUGCUGUGAUUCAUGGGGAAGCUCAAGAUGCUGAAUCUGACCUGGUAGAUGGUCGACAUUCACCUCCUACAGCCAAAAGUGUAGCUGCUAUUCAUCCCAGUUUGGAGAUACCCAUGCUGAUUCCAAAGGAAAAACCACCUAUCACAGUUGUUGGAGAUGUAGGAGGAAGAAUAGCCAUCAUUGUGGAUGACAUUAUAGAUGAUGUUGACAGCUUCCUUGCUGCAGCAGAGACUCUCAAGGAAAGGGGAGCAUACAAGAUUUUUGUAAUGGCGACCCACGGCCUGCUGUCUUCAGAUGCUCCCAGGUUGAUAGAAGAGUCUGCUAUUGAUGAAGUUGUUGUAACCAACACGAUUCCACAUGAAAUACAAAAACUCCAGUGUCCCAAAAUUAAGACUGUCGAUAUCAGUAUGAUCCUCUCAGAAGCCAUUCGCAGAAUCCAUAAUGGGGAGUCCAUGUCUUACCUUUUCAGAAAUAUAGGACUAGAUGAUUAAUCUUUUCUUUUUAUUCUAAAGAAAAACCAAGGGCCAAACUGGAAUUGUAUAGAAAACAAGCUGUGAAGCAUCAUGCUUACCUUAAUAUUUCGAUUGAGUCAUUUCUGUUUUGUUGUUUUUAUUGGUUUAAAUUUGAAGUUAAACUAGAUUUCAAGAGCUAUUUUUCUUUGCAGUUUUUGAAAAAGACCCAAACGUUUUCCAAAAAGAGAGGAAAAAAAGUUGUUCUAGUUGCUUUUAGGUUAGUUGCACUAUGUAUUGAAAACAAACACUUGAAGCAAGAAUUUAGCUCAUAAACUAAACAUUCCUUUUCCAAAGCUGCUUGCUACAAGUGCUUUAAAAAGUUGAUAAAUGAAGUGACUGUAUAAUAUUUGCAUUUUAAAAGCCAAAAAGGUUGUACUGUUGUAUGCAGUUAAGUGACAUUUUGUAGAAGUGCUUUUAUAGAAAAGCAUAUGAAAUAUGCACCUGUAUUUAUUUUCUGCAACAAAGAAUAAAGAUUUGUUAUGUGUGA